CUCACACCUCCGCGCUCGCUGCACACUUCCACCCCGCUCCCCGGCUCUGUUUGCGCCGCGCUGUCAUUCCUUCAUCCCGCGCAGACGCUGCUAGCCCACCAUGCGCACCAUCCGGCGCAAUGCUCUCGAAAAGCUGGCGUCGCUGUCGGCCAAGUCGCCCAUGCCUGCGACCGGCCAGUCCGACUUGACCAAACUCUACCGGCUAUGCCCCCCUAAUGUAGACGGUCGUGGGGCCUCCCGAGUUCCCAUGAGUGUCCCGGAGCUCGAAACCCUCCUUGCUCUCUGCAAAGCCGCCCCCUUCGUCGCCGAAGUUGGUACGGCAGAGCAACUUCUAGGCCAACUCACCCCCUAUCUACCAGAAUCCCACGCCCAGGCCAUAGCCCCGUCGCCUUUCCUCCGCGACCUUGACCCCUCGCCAUGGGAGAUCCUCACGCGCAGCCUUACCUUUGCCAUAUUGUCUCUGGGCAUCAAGCACUCGGCCCUGAAACGCGCAGCCAGCGAGGCGAUCAAGAAUUAUGUGCAGGAGUGGUCGCAGGACGCUGCGUCUGUGGCUUCGGAGCAGUUGAGAGGGGAAGAAGCGGAGAACACCGACGGAGACAUUGGCCGUGUCCUCGCGCUGUCAAUGUCCAUGAUGGGCUUCCUGACCGCUGCGGCCGAGGGCGCCUCUUUUUGGCAGCCCGCUGAUAUGCUUGAGCUAAUCCAAACUCUGCGCGAAUCCCUCUCCGAAGGAUUCAUGGUAGCACUGGAAGCAUCCAUCUCAAACGUACUUUACGGAAAUGCCGCCAAACGAGCUCUGAGAGAUUGGCGUCGUUACACUAAGCACUACGCUGCGAUUGGACGACCGUUGGGCGCAAUGCUCCUCCAGCACGGCUACAUGCGCCUCGUAGUCUCCUGCACUGCCGUCGUCGCCGCACCAGCCGAUGCUCCUUCAGGAAAGUCCGUGCUGGACAGCCUCCAGCAAUCCGAGGAACCGUUAAAGAAACCUCUGGAUAUGGCCACCGAAUCGCUUCUCUCUUGCGUCGCCGGCGUGGCCGAAGACGAGAUGGAUAGACUCCACGCUGACUCCGAAUACGUCAAACGCGUGGGAACCGUCUGGCAGCAACACUUGGCUCACGUAGUAAUGGCCGAUGCCCUAACCACCUAUCUUUGCUGCGCUGUUCUCAGCGAGGAGGUAGCUGACGCCGAGAAACUGCUCGAGUGGCUGGAAUCAACCUUGUCCGACGACAUCCUUGCUGCCGACGAGAGCCUGGCUUCCACCGUCUUGAAGAGCUUGUCUGUCUUGGGCAAAUCGUCUCCUACAACGGCCUCCCACCUUAGCCGCUCCCUGCCUAGGGUCAUUGUUCAAGGUGGACUCAAGGAAGGAAUAUCCGCUGUUGCUGCAGAGUGCCUGGCCAGCGUCCUCAUGCUUCUGCCGCAGGAUGCCGUGAUCACCACCUUGUACAGUCUUGGCAACGUCCUUAGUGGCAGAACAGCCCCGGAGCGGACGGGAACCAACCUUUCCACCCAUGCAAACGGUACCGUAAAAGGCGGCUUGCAGACUCAACAAACAGGCGGAAGCAUGAUCUCCUUAGCUCCUGCUGACGUGGACGAGCCAUCCCACGUCUAUUCCACGGUCAUCCAGACCAUCGUAGGAGUCGCUUGCCGCUGCAAGGAUCAGAAGAUUUCUGAGCUGGCCUUGUCUAUGCUCGUUCAGAAGAUCGGAAGGGUCAGCAUUUCCGUAGACGCAAAGCUUAUCACCGAAGUUGCUCUCCUUGGCGCGCACACGGGCGCUGGUGAAUUGAGGGCGCUUCUCAAGCUGUACUCGAAGCUCGCAAGGGAGGCCAUUGUUCAAGACAACCAGACGCUGCUCGACGCUGUGCGAAAAGGCCGGUCUCAUCUGUCAAUGGAAUUCAAGGUUGGCCAGCCUUCGUUCGAUGUCUACUUGCAGUAUAUGCUCGAUGACAUCGUCAGCAAGGGCGACGUGCAUGGCGCCGAAGCCUCGCAAUUGGCUGAUGCUGAAGUGGCCGCUCAAGAAAUUGCUCAGCUACUGGGACCCCUGGCUAUUCUCGCUUCCACCAACGCGGCAGUCUCCAACAGGUAUCCCGAUGACGAGGCCUUUAUCAACUUGCAGCGCGAUGCUUGGUUCAACGUAGCCGUGCACGGAUUCAGCCUGACGUCGCCGUUGGGCAAGAAGCACUUGAACGAGCUUCGCAUCCUGGCGCGGUACAGCCGACCCCUGGUCGCUGAGAGCCGCACGGAUUUGCGUGAGAGUGAUGUCGAGCUCAACACGGUUCUCAGGCGCGGCAAGAAUGCUGAGCACAUUGUCGAGCAAAAGCGUCGUCUGAUGGAGCUUCUUCCCGCUUGCGAAGGCGACAUCAAAUCAUUGAGCUACCCCGAGGUUAUUUUCCUGAACACGGUCCACCUUGUCGAAGGACUUCGUGCGAGCGCUGGAGACUGCACCAAGACGCUGGCGUACUUUCUGGACCCCAAGCUGCGCGGCAAGGAGAUGGGUAACUGCAUGGUCGCCAUUGCCGAAGCAGGUGUCCGUUCAUACCUGGCGAAGACGGUUGCAGGUGGAUUUGAAUCUUUCUCUGCGCCGUAUGUUGCUCGGCAGCUCGCGAUCAUUUUCACGGGCUGUUGUCACAGGAUCGCGCAAGCCCAGAGAGUGGCCAUACUGUGCGCUGACCUCAUCAUCAGACAAGUUCCGUCGGCUCUCUGCCAAAGGACAUCUUUGUUUGCGCUCCUGGAGCUCCUGACUAUGAUGUGGGCCGGUUGUCUCGAACGUGACAUUGACGAAUACAUCUGGACUUCCACCUUCAAGUCGCCGCGGGAGGAUAUUACUCUUGAGCUGUCUGAUGACUAUGAAUUCCGUCGCAGGACUUUGAUCCAGCUUCAGAACAGAGCAAGGGUGUGGGUGCUGAGUGUUAUGGAUAUCGCUCCUCUCGACAUCAAGGGUUUGCUGCAGACCUACCUGUCCGAGUAUGAUGACGAUGGCGCUUAUGGCCAUGUUUCUCUUGGAAGGUCUUUUGCUCUGGAGAUGGGCUCGGUCAUUCCUUCAACGGAUCAGCGCUUGGGCGCCAUUGACAAGGAACAGGAGUUGAACAUCAACACCGCAUCGGACUUUAUCGCGCAAUACACGAACCGCCAAGAGUAUCGGUACGUCGAAGCUAUUGGUGACCACAACGAAGAAUGGUUGCGCUUCGGAAAUGGUGCGGAUCCUCUCAUGCGCAGGAGCGUUGGGAGCGGCCGCAGUAUGGAAGAUGCCAGGGCAGUUCUCGCAGACAUGGAGCAGCGCACUCUUAGCCGCAAACAUGUCUCUAUCGCCGAGCUUCGCGAUGUCCUUCGGAGAGCCGCAGCUCUUCUCUGCCGGAGCCAGAGCGACGAGUGUGCCAUUGUCCAUCACAUUGUCGGUAUCCCGUUCGCCGUCUUCAACAAGCAAUCAAUCAAGCUGGGCAUCUCCCUGUGGAUGAGCAUUAUCAAGGAGAACCCACGGAUGGAGUCGAGGAUUCUCGUCGAGAUUGCGGAGAACUUUGAAAAGUCCGUCCGCAAGAGGAUGGGCCUGUUCCACGAAUCGUUCCGUCACCUCGACCCCUUCUACAUCAAGCAGGAAUUCGCUCCCUCUGAUCGCGCGAUGAACCAGAAGCGCCAGCAGCAAGCCUACAACCUGAUUGCCCCACACUUCCGCUUACUGCAAUUCCUCGAGAGCCACUUUAGCGCCACCCGCCUCGGAAGUCAGCACGUUGAGGGAGUGUACCACCGUCUCAUGCACAUUACGCUGGCUGCCAUGAGCCACACCACCAACCAUCCCUUGACCCGAGAGGCUCACUACCACGUUGUGCUUCUCGGCCUGCGCAUCCUGCAGUACAGCACCGGCUCAAACUCGGCCGCGCAGUGGAGACUCAAGGACAGGAUCCUUUCGGCUGCUCUCGCUUGGUUCAAGUUGAGACCGAGGUGGUCUUACGGUGGCAACCGUUUGCAGAUCAAGGCGGAGACUCAACUCCUCAUUGACAUCCAGACCGCUCUGCAAAACGUCGCUGCAGUCGGCCUCCACGCUCAGGGAUCUCGAAAGAGUCUGCAGGGCAAGCAGGAACUGCUUUUGCUGCUGCUUGCCACUGAACACACUCACUUGAUGGUGUGGCUCUACCCGCUCAACCAGAACAAGAGGCUCGAUUACAUGCCUGGCGACACAGGCAAGCAGCCGAGCGAUGCCGUCCUGUUUACACACUUGAAGACUGCUUGGUCGGAGCACCCGCAUUUGGCUAUCCAACUGGCCAAUCGAUUCAAGUCUCCCAAGAUUACCAGCGAAGUCAGGUGGUUGGUAGUCAACUUCCCGGAGAGGGUUAUCGACGAUCCGGAUGCCCUGGAAAUCAUGCUGGGUCCAUCUAUUCCCCACGAUGUUUCGUGGCAGCUCAAGUUUUUGAUGUACUGGGCUCCGGUCAACCCCAUCACUGCCGUCACGUACUUCUUGCCCGCGUACGGCAACCACCCCUUCAUCAUUCAGUACGCGAUGAGAGCUUUGGAGAGCCAUUCUGUGGACAUCACGUUCUUUUACGUGCCACAGAUUGUGCAGACGCUUCGUUACGACGUGCUUGGUUACGUCGAGCGUUAUAUCAUUGAGACGGCCAAGUUUUCGCAGCUCUUUGCUCACCAAAUCAUCUGGAAUAUGAAGGCCAACGCGUUCAAGGAUGAAGAUUCGCAAAUUCCGGAUCCGGUCAAGCCUACGCUGGAUGAAGUCAUGAACGCCCUCGAGACUAGCUUCAGCCCCGAAGACCGUGAAUUCUACGACCGCGAAUUCUCUUUCUUCAACGAAGUUACUGGUAUUUCCGGAAAGCUCAAGCCGUUUAUCAAGAAGAGCAAGCCGGAGAAGAAGCAAAAGAUUGAAGAGGAACUUCGCAACAUUAAGGUCGAGGUUGGCGUUUACCUGCCCAGUAACCCCGAUGGUGUCGUCGUUGGCAUCGACCGUAAAUCCGGAAAGCCUCUUCAAUCUCACGCCAAGGCCCCUUACAUGGCAACCUUCAGGAUCCGCAAGGAAAAGAACGACAUUGGAUCUCGGGACGAGCAGAUGGAGGAGGUCAUGGAAGACGGCGACAAGGAAAACACGUACGAGGUGUGGCAGUCGGCUAUUUUCAAGGUCGGAGACGAUUGUCGCCAGGACGUUCUCGCCUUACAGAUGAUCGCGGCCUUCCGCGGAAUCUUCAACGACAUCGGCCUCGAUGUCUUUGUAUACCCCUACCGUGUCACGGCCACGGCGCCCGGCUGCGGUGUCAUUGACGUGCUGCCGAACUCGAUCUCGCGCGACAUGCUGGGUCGUGAAGCCGUCAACGGACUGUACGACUACUUCGUCUCCAAGUACGGCGGCGAGGACUCGAUCCGCUUCCAAGAAGCGCGCAACAACUUCGUCAAGUCAAUGGCGGCGUACAGCAUAAUCUCGUACCUGCUGCAAUUCAAAGACCGACACAACGGCAACAUCAUGAUCGACGACGCGGGCCAUAUUCUGCACAUCGAUUUCGGUUUCUGCUUCGACAUCGCGCCAGGCGGCAUCAAGUUCGAGCGGGCGCCGUUCAAGCUGACGCAGGAGAUGGUGGCGGUCAUGGGCGGGUCGACGGACUCGCAGCCAUACCACUGGUUCGAGGAGCUGUGCAUCAAGGCGUUCUUGGCGGCGCGGCAGCACUGCGAGCACCUGGCGCACCUGGUCAUUGUGAUGCUGGACAGCGGGCUGCCGUGCUUCAAGCCCGAGACGGUGCAGCAUUUCCGCGAGCGCUUCGUGCUGGACAAGACGGAGCGCGAGGCGGCUGAGUUCAUGCGCUUCUUGAUCAAGAAGAGCUAUAACAGCUUGUCGACGGGCCAGUACGAUCGAUUCCAGUUGCUGACGAACGGUAUUCCGUAUUAGUUGUGGUGCUGUUGUGGUUGUGGGGGUUGGGGAAGAGAAGGGUGUUGGGUGCUGGGGUUCUGUGCGGUUUGUUUAAUUGUAGUAUAGUUUAAUUGUUUUUCUUCUGCUGAACAAGCAUGGCUGGUGAUGGUGUGAGUUGCGUCGACCUGCAUCCUCUGGUCCUGUGGUGUUAACUGUAACUCCGCUCGGUAUGAUGAUGAUGAUGAUGAUUUUCUUGGACGGAUAAUAUCGUGGAGGCGCAACGUCAAGUCCCCGUUCUACGCGGCUUGUAGAAUCAGGGUGUGUAAUAGCUCAGCCAGAGACAGGCGCGU